AUGUAAGAAGUACUUUAGGAGGAAUAAAAUCUUUCAGAAUCUUAGGAUAGCUAACUUAAAGGCCAAAAUUAUAGGAUACCUAAGCAAACCCUUGUGUAGAUAGUGAGUGCAGCUUAGGAGAGAGCAUUGGCAGAAGAGAUUGAGGAACUCGAAAAAAUUGAGGGUAUGGAGACCAUUGAAAGAGGAUUACAAACAAGUUUUGAGAGGGGAUUAAAGGGAAAUGACUUUAAAGAGAGAGAACUGUUUUACGGCAGUAAUCAAAAACCUAAUGAAAUUUCAAACACUUACUUUAAUAUUGUCUUACAGUAUUUCGAAGUUAAAAAUUAGUAUAUUUGUAGGAUUACAUGAUACGAGCAUUAUUGGUGGCUUCGAUAUUGUCUAUUGUAAUAGGAGUCUUAACUGCAGAUGAGGAUUGUCGUUCAUACGCUUGGAUAGAAGGAUUUGCAUUAUUUAUGGCAAUUUUCAUUUGCUGUAAUGUGGCAGCAAUAAAUGUAUAAAUAUGUGCAAUAGUUAGAAUUAUUAGAAGGAAAAAUAAUUAGAAAGUUUCAAUAAGAAAACAACAAGUCAAUAGAUGGUAACAGUGUUGAGAGAUGGAAAACUGACAGUAUUAGAUUCUAGUAGGAUUCUGGUUGGAGAUAUAAUUUAAUUGUAAGAAGGCAUGCAAAUUCCAGUAGAUGGCUUUGUUAUUGAAGCAGAUGGAUUGAAAGUUGAUGUAUAUUCUACUUAUAUAAUGUAAAAAGGAAAGUGCAAUAACCGGUGAGACUCAGUUAAUAAAGAAAAAUACUUAUGUGGAAUGUAAAUAGAAGAAAGACGAAUUAUGGGAUGAAAAGAAUUCUUUGUACAAGUAUGAUAUUCCUUCUCCAGUCUUGUUGAGUGGUUCAACAAUAUAGUAUGGGGAGGGUAAAAUGGUAGUGGCAGUAGUGGGAGAGGCAAGUUGUAUUGGUAAGAUCUCAACUUUUGAAGAAAAAGAAGAACAGUAGUCUAUUUUAAGGGCAAAAUUAGAAGGGGUUAGUUAAGGUGUUGGUUUCUAUGGAGUGAUAUUUUCAGGAUUAAUAUUUGUUGUCUUGUUAUUUAGAUUUAUAUUUUAGAGAAUUAAAGAAGAUUCAUUUGAAAAGUAACAUAUUAAUGAACUGCUAAAUUUGAUUAUUGCUUCAAUUAGUGUAGUUAUAAUUGCAAUUCCUGAUAGUUUCCCAUUUGCUAUAACAAUUUGUUUGGCAUAUUCUAUUAGAGGAAUGUUAAAAGACAAUAUUCUAGUAACAAAGUUAGCUGCCUUUGAAAUUUCUGGAAACAUAGACAUGAUUUGCACUGAUAAGACUGGAAUAUUAACACAGAAUAAAAUGACUGUAGUCAAGAUCUGGAAUGAUGAAGCCAUGGAAGUUGAUGUUUAUAGCAAUAAUUUAAACUUAAGUAAAUAUUUACCAACUGAAAUGCAUGAAUUAUUUAUUUAAUCAUCCAUAGUCAAUGGAGAUGCUGAGAUAAGACCUUAGGAAAGAGGAAGUCUAACAGAAGUGGCCUUGAUUUAAUUUGCUGAAAAAUGUGGUAUCAAUUAUCAAAGGGAAAGAGAUUUACAUCAAACAACCUUGACACUACCAUUUUCAAGUUAGAGAAAAAGGAGAACAAGUAUUAUAGGAGGCAAAAGACUAGUUAUUCAUGGAAGUUCAGAAAUUAUUCUAUAAAGUUGCAAUUAAUUCUAUUCUAAAUCGAAGGGAGUCAUCCCUAUUGAUUCUACUCUUCGAAAAAAAAUUGAGGAUGACUUAACAUUAAUGGGCUAUUAAGCUUUAAGAACUUUAGCUUUUGCAUACAAAGAUUUGAAUGGAGAUGAAGAUCUUGUCAGCAAAAACCAAAGGGAAGUAUAUGACAUCGAGGAGAAAGAUCUUACUCUGAUUGCUAUUGUUGGAAUUAAGGAUAUUUUAAGAGCAGAAAUACCAUAAGCUAUUAGAAGUCUUUAAACUGCUGGGAUAACAGUAAAAAUGAUUACUGGAGACAAUAAAAUCAUAUCCAGAGCUAUUGCAGAAGAAAGUAGGAUCUUAAUUAAUAAAAAUAAAUCUCUUGUUUUAGAAGGACCUGAUUUCAUUGAAAGAGUUGGUAGGUUAGUGUGUAAAAGAUGUCAAACACCAAAUUGUGAUUGUCCAAGAGAUCCAUAAACUGCAAAAGCAUUACGCAAAUAAAUGAGAGUAGAAACUAUUCAAAAGUAGGAAGAAUUUGAUAACAUUUAUCCAUAGUUAGAUGUGUUGGCUAGAAGCAGACCUGAAGAUAUGUAUACUUUUGUAUUAGGUCUUUAAGAACGAGGACAUGUUGUAGCUGUAACUGGAGAAGGUACUAACGUCGGUAAUUUAUGCAUUUUAAUAUUAUUAUAGCUCCUACUUUAAGCAAGGCUGAUGUAGGUAUUGCCCUUGGCAUCUCAGCAACUGAAAUAGCAAAGAAAAGUGCCUCCAUCAUAUUAUUAGAUGACAACUUUUCUUCGAUUGUGAAAUUGAUUUUGUGGGGUAGGAAUAUUUAAGAUUCAAUCAAGAAAUUGAUUCAAUUUCAAUUAACAGCUAUUAUUGUUAUAGUAAUUAUGACUCUAAUAUCUUCUAUUUUAAUUAAACAAGAACUCUUUAAACCCAUAUAGUUGCUUUGGAUUAACUUAAUAAUAGAUUCCUUUGCAUCUCUAGCCCUUGCCACAGAAGCUCCUUCUCCAAAUAUAUUAAGAAGGAAAAGUCAACAUAAAAACGAGCACAUUAUAAGUUCCAAAAUGUUCAAACACAUUUUAGGAUAGGCCACUUAUCAAAUCAUCAUAAUAUCAAUACUGUUGUUUUAUGCCCAUACUUUUGUUCCUGAAUUUAAGGGUGAAGAAGAUGAAUAAUUAUACUAGAUGGGUAAAUUGCAAUUCAAAUAUUCGAAUACUUACUUCGACCAGAAUAGCAAGCUAUACACCUGUCCUGAUUAUGAAGAUUAUUGUAAUCUUAUCUCUUACAGCACAGAAUAUAAUGUAAAUGGAACAGAAAACUACUACGCUUUUUAUAAAAAAACCUAUAUUUCCUCUAGGUAGUUUACUUUUAUUUUUAACACUUUUGUAAUGAUGCAGUUAUUCAAUUUUUUUAAUGCUAGAAGAAUCAAGGAUGAGCUGAAUAUUUUCUAAGGAGUAUUUUAGAAUAUAGUAUUUUUAAUUGCAUUUUUUGGAAUCCUUGUAUUAUAAAUUCUUAUUGUUACUUAUGGGGGAAUAGUGUUUCACUGCUAUUCCUUUAAUGGGCUUCGCAUUGAAUAAUGGUAUAUAAACUUAUAGAUAUUUAGGUUAAUUUGCAUAUAUUUUGGACUAGGAGGAUUGGCUGUUAGGUCAAUACUAAUACUAAUUCCAGAUUCAAUCCUGGAAUUUUUUACAGGAAAUGCUUUUAAAAAGAUUCAUAAAUAGUAAACUCAUUAUCAAGUUAUAGAAGUUUAAAAUUUGAAGAAUUAAGCUUAAGAGAAUUGA